CAGAAAAUUGCGAUGCGGAACCAGAAAAUGAUGAAACAGGUGAUUCAGUGAAGGCUAAGACGGUAGAUGGUGAAUCAGUAAAAGAAAAUAAGGAAAAUGAGCAAGAAGAGGAUGAGGCGGAAGCUGGCUUAGAUGAAGAGCCACCCACAAUUCCGGUCAAAAACUUUUUCCCUGACGAAAAAUAUCCUGAAGGUGAAAUAUGCGAAUACAAAAACGAUAACUUGAUGAGAACCACGGAUGAAGAAAAACGUUAUCUGGACAGAAUGCACUUUGAAAGUUAUAAUGAACUUCGACAUGCGGCAGAAGUACAUCGACAGGUACGGAAGUAUGCCCAAAAGGCUAUUAAGCCUGGUAUGACAAUGAUAGAGAUAUGCGAAUUAAUAGAGAACGGAACGCGUGCCUUGAUCGAGGAAAAUGGACUGAAAGCUGGUAUAGGAUUUCCGACUGGUUGUUCAUUAAACAACUGUGCUGCCCAUUACACACCAAAUGCCGGCGAUAAAACUGUUCUACAAUAUGAUGAUGUUUGUAAAAUUGAUUUUGGCACACACAUUAAUGGUCGUAUCAUCGAUUCUGCAUUUACCCUCACAUUCAAUCCCGUUUAUGAUAAACUUAAAGAGGCUGUAAGGGACGCUACAAAUACUGGAAUUCGCGAAGCCGGUAUAGAUGUAAGAUUGGGUGAUAUUGGAGCCGCCAUUCAGGAAGUUAUGGAAAGUUACGAAGUAGAAAUCGCAAAUAAGACAUAUCAAGUCAAACCAAUUCGAAAUCUAAACGGACAUUCCAUUUUACCAUACACCAUUCAUGCUGGAAAGUCCGAGGGUGAAUGCUUCGCCAUUGAAACUUUUGGAAGCACCGGGAAAGGGUAUGUUCAUGAAGACGGUGAAUGUAGUCAUUAUGCGAAACGACAAGAUGUUGGACACGUGCCACUUCGCCUUACGAAAGCAAAAACACUUUUAGCCAAUAUUAAUAAACAUUUUGGAACGUUGCCAUUUUGUCGGCGCUAUCUUGAUCGUAUCGGAGAAUCUAGAUACGUGAUGGGAUUAAAAAACCUAGUUGAUGCUGGUAUUGUGGAAGCUUAUCCACCAUUGGUCGAUAUCAAAGGAUCUUAUACCGCACAGUAUGAACACACUUUUGUUUUAAGGCCUACUUGCAAAGAGGUGUUAAGUCGAGGUGACGAUUAUUAA